CAACAGCUACUUCUUCAGAGAGCAUUGCAGAAGCCUCCACACACCUCCAGCCAAGCGAGAGGCAGCAGGCGGGAGGGAGGGAGGAGAGAGGCUCCGUGAUGCGAGCAGCUCGCCCACAGCAGCACCGCCCAGAGCACGGAGGGGAACAAGGAAACUGAAAGAGAGACGCGGAGAAGAAGACGAGAACUGGCGACAAGCUAAAGUCGCACUUUCCUUUCACUAGAUGCAAUGGAGAGCUAGGAAUCAGCGGUGUUAGAGGGAGGCGACACCUGCAUCGCUGUGGCCACUGGAUUGCUGCCUGUCACUGUCACCUUACAGCCUGGUGUGGAUGCUUACACCGAACAGGAGGAGAGGAAGGCAGAUCCCACCAGCAAGUGACACAACUACAGGCGAAACAUGGCAAAGCAUAUGUUUGACAUGAAUGAUCCUGUGCUGGCGGCCUAUUUUGCAACAGACCAAAUGACUGUAUAUGACGACCAAAUCAUACCCCAUGAGACACCUUUUCGAACUGUGGAUGGACCAUAUCUCGAAAUUACGGAGCAACCUAAGCAGAGAGGUUUCCGUUUUCGAUAUGUAUGUGAAGGACCUUCACACGGAGGACUUCCCGGAGCUUCCAGUGAGAAGAACAAGAAAUCCUACCCACAGAUUAAGAUCCACAAUUACGUCGGCCAUGCCAAAAUCAUUGUGCAGCUGGUGACCAAUGGCAAGGAUGUCCGGUUACAUGCCCACAGCUUAGUGGGGAAGCACUGUGAAGAUGGAGUCUGUUCUAUAAAUGUUGGACCCAAAGAUAUGAUUGUAGGGUUUCCUAAUCUAGGAAUUCUUCAUGUCACAAAGAAAAAAGUGAUUGAGAUACUAGAGUCACGUAUGGUGGAUGCUUUCCGGAGAGGAUAUAAUGCUGGUCUCUUGGUGCACCCCGAGUUAAAUUAUCAAUAUUCAGCAGAUAGGCCAAUGACUGAGCGAGAAAAAGAUGUAAUUCGACAGGCAGCAUAUCAACAGUCAAAAGACAUAGACCUCAGUGUGGUAAGACUGAUGUUCACCGCUUUCUUGCCCGAUAGCAAUGGGAGCUUCACGAGGCGACUUGAACCAGUGAUAUCUGUUCCCAUCUAUGACAGUAAAGCUCCAAAUGCAUCUAAUCUAAAAAUAGUGCGAAUGGACAGAACUUCUGGUUGCGUUACUGGAGGGGAAGAGAUUUAUCUACUGUGUGAUAAAGUACAAAAGGAUGAUAUUCAAAUACGUUUCUAUGAGGAGGAUGAGAAUGGACAUAUCUGGGAAGGAUUUGGGGACUUCUCACCUACGGAUGUUCAUAGACAGUUUGCUAUAGUGUUUAAAACCCCUAAGUACAGGGAUGUCAAUAUUAUAAAGCCUGCAUCAGUAUUUGUGCAACUCCGGAGGAAAUCAGAUUAUGAAACUAGUGAACCCAAGCCAUUUCUUUACUAUCCAGAAAUAAAAGACAAGGAAGAAGUGCAACGAAAGCGUCUGAAACUCAUGCCUAAUUUCUCUGAUGGGUUUGGUGGAAGUGGGGCAGGAUCUGGAGCAGGCGGGGGAGGUGGUGGUGUAUAUGGAAGUGGUGCAGGAGGUUCGGCAACUGGAGGAGGUUAUGGAUAUUCCACGUUCAACUAUACUAAUAGUUAUGCAGGACUGAAUUUUCAUGGUGGCACAAUGAAUUCCAACAUAGCCUCACAGCCGCAGUGUGGGGAAGACCAGGAAUGUACUGAAGCUGUAUGCUCCCAGCGUAUACAAAGUGAAACCGGCCAUGAUUGUGUCACAGAGAAUAACACACAGAGAGACUUUGUAAAGGAGGAAGUGGAGACAUGCAAAUUACCUGGUUGUUAUUUCCUGGGGAAGACCGUGCAACUUGCAAAGCGACACGCUGCUUCCCUGUUUGACUACGCAGUGACUGGAGAUGUCAGAAUGUUGCUGUCAGUACAGCGCCAUCUAGCUGCAGCUCAGGAUGAGAAUGGGGACAACAUUCUUCAUCUAUCUGUUAUCCACCUUCACAUUGAACUGGUUAGGCUCUUCCUAGAAAUUACCUCUGGCGUUGUAUGUGAGGAUAUUAUCAACGUACGAAACGAUCUUUACCAGACUCCAUUGCAUCUGGCUGUCAUCACUCGUCAAGCUGAUGUUGUAGCAGAUAUUCUAGAAGCAGGAGGCAACCCGUUAAUGUUGGAUCGCAAUGGGAAUUCUGUUCUGCACCUUGCAUGCAAAGAAGGAGAUGCAGCCACCCUCAGCAUUUUUCUUAAUCACCCACAAGUACAUGAGAUUAUAAAUCUUCCAAACAACGAUGGAUUAAAUGCAGUUCAUGUAGCAGUGAUUGAAAAUAGCUUGUCCUGCCUCCGAUUACUGAUAUCAGCCAGGGCAGAUGUGAAUGCACAGGAGAAGAAGUCGGGGAGGACCCCUCUCCACCUGGCCGUAGAACAAGACAUCAUUUCUCUGGCCGGCUGCCUUCUGCUAGAGGGAGAUGCUUGUGUGGACAGUACAACAUAUGAUGGCAGUACCCCUCUCCAUGUGGCGGCUGGGAGAGGCUCUACGAAACUGACUGCUCUCCUGAAAUCAGCAGGUGCUGACUCAUUUAUUGAAAACUUUGAACCGCUCUACAACACUGAAGAGACCGAGGAAGAAAAUGAUGUAGAUGAAGGGAUUGUUCCUGGCACAAAACCACUAGACAUGGCACUCAGCGAUGAGGUGUUUGAAAUACUGAAUGGAAAGCCAUACACAUCAGCAUUGUCGUCUGAAGACUCCAUCACACAAGGAGACAUGAAAAACCUCAGUGAAGAUGCAAAGCAAAAACUUUAUACAUUGCUACAAAAUGAAGAUAUAGAGAAGAACUGGUCCACAUUGGCACAGAACCUGGGCCUGGGCAUAUUAAACAGUGCCUUCAGGUUAAGUCUUUCACCUUCCAAAACCUUAUUGGACAAUUUUGAGGUUUCUGGAGGGACAGUAGCUGAGCUUCUUGGUGCCUUGAAAACAAUGUCAUUCACAGAAGCUAUUGAAAUCAUUGAGCAGUCACAGCCAAGCCUCACUAGGACAUCCCCAGUUGCUGAUUGCUAUGCCGAGGCCUCUGACAUCACACAGACAGAAGAUCCCCUUAGGAGACUAUCAGAGGAAUAUAAGCAGCAGUUUAUGGACAGCAUGUGUGACAGUGGGGUAGAAACGUCCUUUAGGAAGCUGAACCUGUCGCACUGCGAAUUUCAGAAAGCAGGUAAUGGACACUCAGAACUCCUUUCCGAAUGUGAUGCCCCGCUCAUCUGCAACAAAUAAUGUUUGUGAAGAAAGAAAGGGCUGUGGCACUGGGCAGUAUUGAGAGUGGCAAAUCACUGGUUGCACAGUGAUUUCACGACUGAGAAAAUGACACUGGAAAUGCUAGAGACAUUGAAAGCAGACAGGUGUGAAUUAAGUAUAACGCAUAGAUAUGGUGUACAUGGACACUCACCUACUGCAGAAGCAGUGCAACCAAAGAUUAUGGAUGGACACAUGCGGUAUCUGCUGAACACUGGCUCAUAUCGUAGGUCGGCUCAGCUAGAGCGCCACUUGUUUUGAGGUUUGUUGCUCCUUAUUGGAUGUUGCACAUAAUAUAUACGUUUCAAACUACAGAUUAUUAUGCAGUUCAUUAACUGUCAGUAGAGCAAUCUCUGACCUAGGAGAGUAAUUACUGCCAUGGCAUACCGGUCAUCUGAUACCUAGUAACCACUUUUUCAUGCCUUUGUUUUAAUACAGUAUUAUAUAUUUUCAGAAAUGUAUUUUUAUUGUGAUUUUUGUAAUAAAACUUGUAAAGAAAUCA